UCGAAAUUCAAGUUUUAAGAGGUUAAAAAUAUCGUACCUUGAAAUUUAGUUGAUUUUUAUAAUUCUGUUCUUCUUUUAACUAUUCUCGUCAAAAACCGUAAUUACUUUGAGAUUAAUUAAUUUUAAUAAAUAGAUUUAUCAAUGAACCUUAGGGUUUACGUUUGAAGACAGUUUUUGUCUUCACAGCAUGAAGAGUUUUAGUCAAGAGGAAAUAAACAUAUGGUUUAAAAACCUCGAAGGUCAUUCGAGGAUUGAGCUAAUGUGUACUUUAUUGGAUAGCUGUUUACCGUUAGAAUUGCGUUUUCUUGGCACUUACUUAGAAUACGCAGCUGGGAAACAUUAUACACAUCUUUUAAAGUUAGAAAAAGAUGCAAACAACAAAAAUUCCAUAUAUUUUAGUAGUCUUUCAGAUCAAGAAACACGCAGACGAUUGUGUAUAUUUUUAGCACUUUUACAUUCACAUAAUAAAAUUGCAGCUUUAAAUUUAUUUAAUAUCUUAAAUGAAUAUAGUCUGGAAAGCAAAACUGAAAAUGUUCUGCACCGUUCUGAUAGUAUAGAGAAAAGUGCAGAAAAUAAAAAUAUUGAUGAUAAUUGGAUAGAAAAAACUUCACGAAAUGAAAUGAAACUUUUAUUAACAAUGGGUUCUUUCCACCCAGCCUUUAACUUUAAUCAAAGACAAAGCUUACGAAAAAAGUUGAAAGAUUUUGUUUCAGAUGAAAAACAAUGCCAUGAACAAUUAAAUCAAAAGUGCAAAGAAGGAAACUUAAUAGAUUUUGAAACAGCGUGUUCAGUUGAAAAUUUUAACCAUGUGGAUCCUGCUUCUACUCAAAGCCCUGUAACCAAGAGCAAAGUUCAGUUGUCCUCCUCUCCAUUACUACACAAUGUAUCAGAAAUAUUUUCAUUAUCAAAUGGUUUUCCAUUCUCAACUAUACCUAUUCAUAAUAAUCCAGUAUAUAUUCAACAUCCGCCUUUGAUUGUGGAACACAUUUCCGAUCGAAUGAUAUCACCAAUAAAUAAGCAAUUUGUUUACAUUCCUGUUGAUCAACCAAUUGUUGCUUCUAACAGUUUAAAUCAACCAAUAAUAGCAUCUAAUAGUUUAAAUCAACAAAUGAUAGCUUCUAACAGUUUAAAUCAACCAAUGGUAGCUUCUAAUAGUUUAAAUGCUUCACCAACAGUUUUCCAUAGUUCUGAAGCUCAUCUUAACAAAUUUCCGCUAUUUAAUUGUGAUAAAACAUAUGCUAAACAUUCUAAUGGUACUUCUGAAAAUAUUUUACAAAAUUAUAUUGCUGAAAAUAUUGAAAAUAAUAAUAUAGACACUAUUCAGUGCAAAAAUAUACUUAUGACAGAAGAUUUAUGUAGUUCAAAUCUUUUCAGAUUGUCCAAGAAUCAUCGAUGUCAAAAUUCUGAACCAAAUAUAAAUGGCAUAGACAAUCUUAUACAAAAUAACAGUUUUCUGAAAAAAAUAGACUUUUGUAAUGAUGCUUCCAAUUUUCGAUAUUCCCAUGCUCCAAUUCUUUUUCAUUCUCAGCCUAUAAAUAAUUUUUCAUAUUCCCCUGAUAUGCAAUAUCGUUUAAGUCCUGCUUCCUUUAGUUCAUCAAGUUCUUCUAUAUUUCCAAAAGUUAUGAGUUCAUUUGGUAAAGCAAGAAAUGGUUUUACACAACAGUCUAGUUUUGUAGACACAGCAAAUAUUAAAGCAGCUGUUAAUUCGACUCAACACAUCAGAGAUUUGUCAGAAGUUUCCACAGCAAAUAUAUUUUACAAACCAUAUUCUUCAGAAAAUUCUUUGAAAAAGAACUCUUCAGAAGAACCCCUAAAUCUAUCACCAUGCAGUUCACCAAUAGUUUGUCCUUACUCUUCUUCAAAUGACGUCUCUUCAGUUUGUAUGAAAAUGAACUUAAAUAAAGAUCAGAUUUCUUGUGCAACUUGGCUGAAAAGCUUAAGACUGCAUAAGUAUUACUCAAAGCUUAAAGAUUAUUCUUUUAAGACAAUGAAGGACUUAAGUGACAAAGAGCUUUGUCAACUUGGACUUACAAAAGGAGCAAGAGCUCGCUUUCGUGUUAACAUUGACCUUUUAAGGCAGCAAGGAUUUGAAGAGUUUGCUGAUCCAACCCCUUUUGAUGCCAUGAUUCUAAAUGAUUCCAUAACACCUAGUAUUAAUUCGUUACCUUUAACUCAGGAACUUCGCUCAAUAUCACCAGUCGAUCCAAUAGCAAUGUUAAUGCAUCGUGACGUUUCACCUUCAAUUUUAGAUACAACAUUUUUUAAUGGUACUAAAGUUUCAACAGAUGAAGAGCUAUUAAGGAAAACUUCCUUUGUUAAUCAUGACUUGAAGAAGGACAGUUCAUUAUCUCAUAAUUUUUCAAAUCUUGGUGUUUCAUCGAAACAUGUUACUUGUUAUAAUUGUGGGUAUUUUGGACAUUAUGGCGACGAGUGUACAGAGCAAACUAUGGAAUCUCAGACAUACAGUAGAUAUGCAUUUCAUUUGGACUUUGCACGCAACGCUGACGUAAUAAAUGCUCAUGACCCAUACGAUGAAAGCAUAACUUCAAGGUGAUAACUUCUAUCGUCGAAUCCGCUGCUUUUAUCGAUAACUUCAAGGUGAUAACUUCUAUCGUCGAAUCCGCUGCGUUUAUCGAUAAGAUGCUUUUCCAAUCAAAUGGAUUGCUAAAGUAAUUUCGUAAA